AUGUUUCCCAUUACUACUAACUGCUCAGCCUGGCUCGUUCAGUGCCUAACGCGUGAAAAACGUGAUAACCGUCGUCAUUCUACUACUAGUUUUUGCCAGAAUGUCUCAGUGGCGGGAACAAGGUAUCAAAAGUAAGCAGUUUUAUCAUUUUGCUUUCGGGAGAGGGCCUUAACCUCCUUCAGUAUAAAUAACCAUACUAACUUUUUGGUGAAAAAAAAGGAAAAUGGAGAACACGCGCUACACUAACGUUAAGUUAAAUCUCAUACUUGUUCUCGCCCUCAAAUCAGUAUCGGGUCUCUAUUUUGUCCAUGACGAAAGAAGUGUGACUGAUCAUGAUUAUCAUGUAACGUGCAUCUUCCCAUAAACCAUAUGCUCGAAUUUUUCCUGUCAUUGCCGGCGAAGAUACCAUGUGAGUUUUUCGAACCUACUAUAUGAUAUAACUCGAUUAUUUUCUCUUCCUAAUAUAAAGGUCGCCGUGUUAAAGCAAGAAAAAUGGUUUUCCUUGUCACUGAUGGCAAAUCAAAUAGGGGAGGGCAUCUUACCAUACCCAGAGCACAGGCACUUAAAAGAUCUGGGGUAAAGAUAUUCGUAGUCGCUGUGGGAGAAAAUGUACGCGGUAUUGAUGAGACGGACAGGGUAGCUUCCUAUUCGCCAAAAGAUUAUAUUUUCCGAGUUAAAAAACUCGACGGAUUCUUGCAAAUUAUUAAGUUAAUGGUUCAA